AUGGCGCGUGACAUGUCUGAUAUCGACAUCCUCAAGAUGGAGCUGCAGCAGCUCCAGAAAGAGGUGAAAAACGAACGGGAGCCGGUCUCGAAGACGGCCAAGGAGCUGGUGGAUUGGGUUGAAGCCAAUUCUGCUGAAGACAUCCUGCUCAAGGGUGUGCCAGAAGAUAAAAACCCCUUCAAGGAGAAGGGUGGCUGCAUAAUAACAUAG